GUGACAAUCCAAUUCCAAAUAUAGGUAGUCGAUUUUCACAAAUAAUUAAUAACCGUGCCAUGAUAAAAAUAUCAAUACCACACAGCUAUUUCUGUAAAAGAUCUCUAGAUGUUUAGAAUAAGGGAAUGCUAGAAUUGACUACAAACUGCACAAUUAGGGAUAGUGGAAAGUGAAAAUACGUGGUAAAGAUGACUCUUGCUGAGUUUUUUAGUUGUUCUUUAUUAGCCUUCGGGCCUCCUCUCGUUAUGUUUUCAUUAACAAUAGCCAAUGAUCCGAUAAAAAUUAUUAUUAUGAUAGCAGCGGCGUUCGGUUGGCUAGUUUCGUUUUUACUUUCAUCCCUGAUUUGGUACGCAGUUGUUCCACUACGAACUUAUUUAGCGUUUGGGAUGGUAUUUGCGAUAAUAAUACAAGAAGCUUUUCGAUAUGGAAUGUAUUUACUUCUGAGAGGAACAGAAGCCGGUUUGAAAGUUAUAUCUGAAAAUCAGGAAACUGGGAAUAAUAAGUUAGAAAUGGCUUAUGUUUCUGGACUUGGCUUUGGAACAAUGAAUGGAGCUUUUGCUUUAGUCAAUGUUCUCGCUGACUCUGUAGGUCCUGGUUCCCUUGGCCUUCACAGUGGCACGGAAUAUUUCUUUGUCACAAGUGCAGCGAUGACACUUUGCAUGACACUCCUGAACACAUUUUGGAGUGUGAUCUUCUUCAGUGGACUAGACAAUAAGAACUAUCUAAAGAUAUUAUGGGUUAUUGGUUCACAUUUCCUUGUUUCUGGAUUGAGUUUACUGAAUAAGAAAGAGUUGUACAUUGUUUCUAUUCUACCUUCAUAUGUUAUACUCAUCAUUACCGCCUUGAUUGCGUUCAGAUGUGCCGGAGGUACUAAACAAGGUUUAAUUCAAAGCUUUACGGGCAGAACAUAAUUCAAAAAUUAAUAAUUUAAGCGAAGACAUAACAUUUUAAUUUGAAGUUUCAAGAAAAUGUAUUAUACUAAUGCUUUUCUGAUUUCUAGUUGAUUUUACUUGAAAUUUAUUUUGUGUCCAUUGCCCCAACUAGAAUUCAUAUAAAGUAGUAGUGGGUUGAGAUGGGGAAAUUACAAUUUUAUGAGAUUAAAUAGAUUAGAUUUAAAAAUAUAUUAAGAUGAUGUAACCAUCAUACUCAGAUAUAAUGACUAAAAAAUGUUUUUUUUUGUCUAACAAAAAAUCUUUAUAUAAAUGUUUAUCUAAGACAGAAAUAUAAAUUAAUCAUUCCUAUUGUUAAGCACUUUCAAAUUUCCCAUCUCAAGUUGCUGCCAAAUUAUUGUUUAAAUCAAAUGAACUUUUUUUUAAUAGUCA